AAAGAAGAAGUCGACCGAUUGGGCCGAAAACUGAAAGACACAAGACUCCCCGGAGGACCAAUUGUUGUCGAUGCGGAGUGUUGCUACGGCCCGCCCUACGAAUGGGCGCAAAACCUUUACAAUACCUGGACAAACGAUUUCGACUGGUAUUCCGUGCAAGACGACAUCAACAAAUACCCCCAGUAUACCACUUUGAUUGAAAACCUCAACAUAUUCUUUCUGCACGCGCGUGCCGAAGGUCCCGAUGCAAUCCCGUUGUUGCUGGUACAUGGAUGGCCGGGUUCGUUUUGGGAGUUUAGUCGAGUCUGGGGUCCUUUGUCGCGUCCGUCUGAUGACAAGGACAUCGCGUUUCAUGUGGUUGUUCCCAGUUUACCGGGAUUUUGCUGGUCGGAUGGUCCGCGUCGCUCCGGGUGGACGUUGCAGGAUACGGCCAGGGUUUUUGAUCAGUUGAUGAAGAAGCUGGGAUAUCAGGAGUACAUGGUGCAAUGCGGAGACUGGGGACACUUUGUCGGUCGGGAGCUUGCGUCAAAGUACACAGAUUCGUGCAAGUUGGUGCACUUCAACUUUGCUCCGAGUCCGUUGCCUCCUGGCGUGGAGUAUACGGGUCGGGAGAAGGCCACUGUGAACCGGGAGAACGACUGGCUUGAGAACCAUAUUGGAUAUGCUGUGUGUAUGAGGACUCGGCCACACACAAUCGGAAUCGCCCUCCACGACAAUCCCCUCGGCAUCCUGAUGUGGGUAGGCGAGAAAUUCAUCGAAGCUUCCAACCCCGAAAACCAGAGCGAUCCCUCAUGGACGCACGCGAUCCUCACAACCGCAUCGUUGUAUUACUUUAGCAACUGCAUCAUGACAUCCAUGCUGCCGUACUACGAGAAUGUGGAGCACGAUAAAUUCGCCGAGUUUGUCGUGCAGCCGGAGAAUCGGAUUAAGGUUCCGUUUGGGUAUACGUCGUUCUUUUGGGAUACAGAGCCUUCAUCGAAAAGGGCAGUUGAACGGACGGGAGAGUUGGUAUUUUACAGAGAGCGUGACAAUGCCGGUCAUUUUGCUGCACUCGAGCACCCGAGUGGACUAGUCGAGGACUUGAGAGAACUGGCAGUUGGGCAUUGGCGGACUAGUUAGGUUGUACUUUAGCCGUGAUGCAGUGUUCCAUUCAAUGUGAGCUGACAGUGCUUUAUCUAUUGAAGCACAGAUGCUAUGCAGAGCGUCUUGAUAGCGCAGAGAAGGAUCGGUUACUGGUAGCUUACGUGGGCCAGAUACUAAACUUCUAUUGGACACGGAGAAAAGCCGGCGGCUUACGUGCGACAUUUGGAAUCAACCAACGAUUUUAGAGGUUCAACCGUCUUGUCCCACUCCUGGCCAAAGAUAGCCAAAGAUCGUUGCGCCCCAGAAAAGGAUUAUGUAGCUCGAGCUUCGUGAUGCAGAUAAACUGGCCUUCCCCGAUCUAUUCAACGGCUACUCCAUCAUAUACACAGCCGCCAAGCACACCGUCCCCGGAGACCGGGCGUGAG